UCAGAAAAUAGAAACCCGAAAAAACAACGGGGGAAAAAAUAGAGAAAAUGAGAAAGGGAAAGAAGAAACUCCGACCUCCGACCUCUCAGUCAGUCUCAUCUCUCUGAUUCCCAAGCCUUCUUCUCCCAUUCGAGUUCGACCCGCCGGCGAACCACCGUCCCUCCGAAUAGGUUUUUUUCCUGCUCGGAAUCGCGCCGAUGCAUCUCACGACCAACUCUUGCGGUUGCUGUUCUUCAUCACUCUGAAAACUAAUCACAAGAAGAAAGAGAAUCUUGACGCUCUGUUUCCUACUUCUUUCCACCAGAGGGACGCCUGUACUCUUGGUCGAACUACUCAGCGGAUUGAUUUCCUGCAACUCUGUUGAUUCAUCUGUUUUCAUUUCCGUUGGUUUGCGUUGGAAUUUUUUGAGUUUGGCGGCAUGAAGUUUUAGUAAGCAGAUUGGGAGAGUAGGGAAGAAUUCUUGUUCAGUGGCGGGGAGUUGUUUUUUCCGGUCUAGUAAUGGGGUCCAGAAAGGACCCGAUGGAGCCUUUCUUCAAUUCAAUCCAAUUGGUGAGGGACGCUUUUACGCCCUUGGAGCUGGGAAUCCGAAAAGCUGCUAGAGAUCUCGAAACCUGUUUGGAGAGGAGCGGCGGUUGGAAUAGUGACAAGGGUUUUGUGCACGAAUUGACUUGCGGGGAAGAUGGGAAUAGUCUUAACGGCAAGGUUCAGAUCCGUGCCGUGGAAAAGAAGAGUUCCUGUAGUGGUGGUAAGGCUGAAGAGAGGAAGAAGGGUUUAUCAAUCAGAGUUCCUGUCAGAGCUUUGCUGGGGAUGUUUUCCCCUAAUUUGGAGAAAGAGCGUAAGCGCAAUGGCGGCGACAACGCUGAGGUAGCAAAGAAGGGGAGCAAAGGGAAGGCAGCGGGGAGCUUAGAUGACUCUUGUACAAACUGUUUGAAGUUUGCUGUGACUUGGUCUGUGUUGGUCAAUGGAUUUGUUCAAGCGUUCCCUGGCCCUUUUAAAAACAGCAAAAAGAGGGUGGUUAAAGUGGCUGAUGAUGACAAGGGUAAUCUGCAAUUCUGCAGCAAUGAAGGGAAGCAAAGGGAGUUGAAGGGUCAGUAUGUUCAAGUUCUUCACAAUCAGAACUGGAAUGGGAAAGGGAAAGAGGGGAAGCAUGUAUCUAUUGAAUGUCUUAUAGGUUUUCUGUUUGAUCAUUUAGCUCAUAAUAUACAGAAAUUGGACCAGUGUUUGCAGGAGAAUGAAAACAAGUAUUGUGAUAGCGAGUUUUCAAACCAACCUCGGGUAACCUCUCACUUUGACCACCUGAAAGCUUUCAUGAGCAUUUUGGAAGCUCGCAAGAUAGAGGUGAAUGGAUUUCUGGGCAACUUAAGCUUUGCAAGGGUUGGUAGUGUUCCACCUACUAUUGUUGGGGUGUCUUCAGUUAAUGAAGAAGGCGAUGAUGGUGCCAAUGCUGGCAGCACUGAAGAGACAGGGGGUGGUUUACCUCAGAAGCUGGCAGGUGGCUUGCUCAGUAUUCCGCUGUCCAAUGUGGAACGGUUGAGAUCAACCUUAUCUACUGUCUCGUUGACGGAGUUAAUGGAGCUUGUCCCACAACUGGCAAGGGCUUCCAAAGAUCACCCUGACAAGAAAAAGUUGUUCUCUGUACAGGAUUUUUUCAGAUACACAGAGUCUGAAGGAAGGAGAUUCUUUGAGGAAUUGGAUAGAGAUGGUGAUGGUCAAGUGACUCUGGAAGAUCUUGAAAUGGCUAUGAGAAAGAGGAAAUUGCCAAGGAAUUAUGCUAGAGACUUCAUGCGUCGUGCUAGAAAUCAUUUAUUUUCAAAAUCUUUUGGUUGGAAGCAGUUUCUGUCACUGAUGGAACAGAGGGAACCCACUAUUCUCCGUGCCUAUACUUCUUUAUGUUUGAGCAAGUCUGGUACCCUAAAAAGGAGUGAAAUACUGGCAUCACUAGAAAAUGCUGGACUUCCAGCUAAUGAGGAGAAUGCCAUGGCUAUGAUGCGAUUUCUGAUGGCAGAUGCAGAAGAAUCUAUCUCUUAUGGGCAUUUUAGAAAUUUCAUGCUUUUGCUGCCUUCUGAUCGUCUUCAAGAUGAUCCCAGGAGCAUAUGGUUUGAAGCUGCAACUGUUGUUGCUGUUGCUCCUCCUGUGGAAAUACCGGCCGGUAACGUCCUACGGUCUGCCUUAGCUGGGGGUCUCUCGUGUGCGCUUUCCACAGCUAUGAUGCAUCCUGUCGAUACUGUUAAGACUCGUGUGCAAGCUUCAACUUUGUCAUUCCCAGAAAUCAUUUCGAAGAUUCCACAAGUUGGAGUUCAAGGAUUGUACCGGGGUUCCAUUCCUGCAAUUCUGGGACAGUUCUCCAGCCAUGGUCUGCGGACGGGGAUAUAUGAAGUUAGCAAAGUUGUGCUGGUACAUGUUGCCCCCACGCUCCCAGACAUCCAGGUGCAAUCGAUAUCAUCAUUUUGUAGCACCUUUUUGGGGACGGCAGUGAGAAUUCCUUGUGAGGUGUUGAAGCAGCGUUUGCAGGCUGGUCUUUUUGACAGCGUGGGGGAGGCAAUUGUGGGUACUUGGCAACAAGAUGGCCUAAAGGGUUUUUUUCGUGGUACCGGUGCUACCCUUUGCCGUGAAAUUCCAUUCUAUGUGGUUGGCACGGGCGUUUAUGAAGAAUCCAAAAAGGUUGUUCAACGAAUGCUGAAGCGAGAACUGGAACCCUGGGAGACAAUCGUCGUUGGAGCUUUAUCUGGCGGACUGACUGCUGUGUCAACGACCCCUUUCGAUGUGAUAAAGACAAGAAUGAUGACUGCCCCUGGAGGAAGACACAUACCCAUGUCAAUGGUUGCUUACUCUAUACUCCGUCGCGAGGGCCCCCUCGGGCUAUUCAAGGGAGCAGUGCCGAGGUUUUUCUGGAUUGCUCCCCUAGGCGCCAUGAACUUUGCUGGCUAUGAGCUAGCAAGGAAGGCCAUGACCAAAAAUGAGGAACCAGCAGCAAGCGAGGAUCUGCCUCAGAAGUAGUUGACCAGUGCCGGGUAGAAAACAAGACAUCAUAUAGUCGUAUAUCAACUAUCAACCAGAGCCUCCAGGUUAAUUUCCCCACCAUUGAAGUUCUGCUGGAAAAUUUUGUGCUUUUCAUCCGUCGACGAUUCCCAGUUUUCAUCUUCCUCUUUGUUUCAAGCGCCUAACUUGCUAUUCAGUGGCCAACUUGCUCCAUCUUGUUACACACAUUGAUCUAUUUGUAUCUUCUCCCAGACUAAAAAUCUCAUUUUUGUACACAAUACUGUAUCCAUCAGGCUUUUUAACAUGUUUUGUUCUGAAUUUUGUGAAUUGAACUGUAUAUAUAUAUAUAUGCCUCUCUUUUAUGUUAAGAGUUAGAAAACAUACUUACAGGAAUCAAUAUAGUUGCAUUCUUGAAGGAUAUUCUCUU